AUGGGCGCCUCGAAGAAGCACCGGGAGCGCGGCGGGGCCGAGGCGGCCGAGGAGGCUCCGGGAGCGGCCGGGACGGGCGGAAGCGGCAGCGCGGGGCGGCCCCGCGAGCACCGCAAACACCGGCACCGCGGCGGGGAGCGGCGGGGGAAGCGCAGCCGCUCCCGUGGGGAGCGCGGUGGCUCCGGGGGAGGCUCCGGUUCCUCCCGGCGCGGAGGCCCUGAGGAGCCCGGCAGGAGCGGCCAUGGCCGGGGAGGCUCCGAGAACGAGCGGAGAGCCAAGAGGGAGAGGAAGGAGGAGCGGGAGGAGCCCGCCGCUCCUAAAUCCGCAGCAGCCGAAUCCUCCUUGAGCGUGGAAGAAACCAAUAAACUCCGGGCCAAACUGGGGCUCAAACCACUGGAAACCAGCGCGGUGAAGAAAGAGGCUGGCACCAAGGAGGACCCGGUGGCGGCCGAGGUGAUCAAUCCCCUGGCGCUGCGGCAGCGCGAGGAGAUCCGCGAGAAGCUGGCGGCGGCCAAGGAGAAACGGCUGCUGAACCAAAAACUGGGGAAAGUGAAGACUCUGGGGGAGGAGGAGCCCUGGCUGGACGACGCGGCCGCGUGGAUCGAGCGCAGCCGGGCGCUCCAGAGGGAGAAAGAACUGGCGGAAAAAAGGGCCAAGCUGCUGGAGGAGAUGGAUCAGGAGUUCGGUGUCAGCCCCUUGGUGGAGGAGGAGUUCCAGCGGCGGCGGCGGGAGCGUUACAGUGCCCGGGACCUGCAGGGGCUGACGGUGGAGCACGACCCGGCCUCGAUCCCCGAGGGGCAAACGCUGGUGCUGACCCUCAAGGACAGGGGUUAUCAAGUGCCAUAUAUCGCAAUAUAUCACAGGCGUAUGAUACGAUACGCUGCUCUCCGUCUCUACCUCGUGCUGCGUCGCGACGCGCCGGCCCGUAUCGCGAUGUAUCGCGCCGUAUCGCGCCGUAUCGUGCCGUAUCGCGCCGUAUCGUGCCGUAUCGCGCCGUAUCGCGCUGUAUCGCGACAUAUCACGUCGUAUCGUGCCGUAUCGCGCCGUAUCGCGCUGUAUCGCGACAUAUCAUGUCGUAUCGUGCCGUAUCGUGACGUAUCGCGACGUAUCGCGUCGUAUCGUGACAUAUCGCGUCGUAUCGCGUCGUAUCGCGUCGUAUCGCGCCGUAUCGCGCCGUAUCGUGCCGUAUCGCGUCGUAUCGCGCCGUAUCGCGCCGUAUCGCGCCGUAUCGUGAUCGUAUCGCGACAUACGGUGACGCACGGCGCCCGUCCCGCAGGCGGCGGCGCUGCUGCCGCAGCGGUGACGUUCCGGAAAACGCGGCGCCGCGUUCGGAAACUGCGGAAAAAGGAGAAACCCCUCAAGGCCGACGAUCUCCUGGCGCUGGCCCCGGGCGACACCCAGGGGGAUUUCGGCUCCAGGUCGCGGGGCCGAGGCCGGCGGGUGCAGGAGGAUGAGGAGGGGGCCGGGGGGGACCCCGAAAACGCCGCCAGCCCCCCCGAGGGGACCCCCCAGGCCCCGCUGCCCUCGGACGACACCCGCACGGAAAACAUGGAUAUCAGCAGUGACGAGGAGGCAGCGGCCCCCGGGACCCCCCCGGCCCUGGAGGAAGAUGAGGCAGAGCAGGAGCUGCAGCAGCAGCUGGAGCGGGGCCGGCGCCUGCGGCAGCUGCGGGAGCUGCGCGAGGGAGGGGGAGAGAAGGCCCUGGAGCGCGCCGGGCGCCCGGUGUCGCCCCCGGAGCCGCCGGAUUCGGAGGAGGAGGAGAACGUGGGGUGGAGCAGCGUCAACCUGGCCGAGGAGCGGCAGCACCAGGACUUCUCGGCGUCGUCCACCACGAUCCUGGACGAGGAGCCCAUCGUGAACCGGGGCCUGGCGGCGGCGCUGCUGCUGUGCCAGAACAAAGGGCUGUUGGAGACCACGGUGCAGAAAGUGGCGCGAGUGAAAGCCCCGAACAAAUCCCUGCCCUCGGCCGUGUACUGCAUCGAGGACAAGAUGGCCAUCGAUGACAAGUACAGCCGCCGUGAGGAGUUCCGAGGUUUCACGCAGGAUUUCAAGGAGAAGGAGGGCUACCGGCCCGACGUCAAGAUCGAGUACGUGGACGAGACCGGCCGCAAGCUCACCCCCAAGGAGGCGUUCCGGCAGCUCUCCCACCGCUUCCACGGGAAGGGCUCGGGGAAGAUGAAGACGGAGCGGAGGAUGAAGAAACUGGAUGAGGAGGCGCUGCUGAAGAAGAUGAGCUCCAGUGACACCCCCCUGGGCACGGUGGCGCUGCUGCAGGAGAAGCAGCGCGCCCAGAAAACGCCGUACAUCGUCCUGAGCGGCUCCGGCAAGAGCAUGAACGCGAACACCAUCACCAAAUGAGGGGCACGGGGACACCUGGGGACACCUGGGGACAUUGGGGACACCCUGGAGACGCCUUGGGGACACCCCUGGGGACAUUCCUGGAUACCUGGGGACACCCCUGG